AUGUUUGGCAAUAGCAACCGUGGUGGACGUGGCAGAUGUGGUGGAGACAUCCCUUUCCGUACCUCACGAGGAGGUGGACAAGGUGCUGGCCAGUCCGGCCAAGGCGCUCGUGGUAGUGGGGGAGGUGGAGGUCGUGGUCGUGGUGGUUCAGCUCACGGAGGCAAUGCUGGUCAAAACACAACAUCCAAAGUCUUUGCUCAUUCACCUGGCCCCCCUGCUCGAUUCGAUCCGGCAGUCAAAAAGAUCGAAGACGAGACUGCGAUAACCCUAGUCUCCACAAAGAAUCAAGCAAGACUUCCGUUCAGACCAGGAUAUGGAACUCGAGGGACAGAGGUGCUUCUAUGGGCAAACUAUUUCAAAGUUUCCGCCGACAGAGAAAUACCGCUUCAUCGGUACAGCAUUGAAGUUCGCCCAGAUAAUGACGGCAAGGUACUGACGGGAAAAAAAUUAAGACGGGUUAUUGAGCUGCUGUUGGAGGAACACUUUGCUGAGCACCGCAGCAACAUAGCCACAGACUUCAAGCUAUAUCUCAUCAGCACCACCAACAUCGCCAUUUCUCGGCCUGUCUACGAUAUCACUUACCGAGAGGGUGGUCAAGUCCAGACCCAGAGCAACGCCAAACACUACCAUGUCCGAAUCACCCACAAUGGCUCAGUGACCUUGGCGAAUUUAUUGGAUUAUUUGACAUCCAGCAAUGCCAGUGCCAUAUUAAGCAACAGAGAGGCUCUUCUCCAAGCACUGAACAUUAUCGUGGGAUACACACCAAAGACGGCGGCGCCAGUCUCUUCCCUUGGAAUGAAACACUUUGAUACCACUUCUCCCGAAAAGAAGAGUCUCGAUGUUAGACUCGCAGCUCUCCGUGGUUUCUUCUGUUCCAUCCGGGCAGCCACUGGUGGCCUACUUGUCAAUGUCCAGGUCAAGCACACUGCCUUCUACAAUGGAGGAAAUCUGGCACAAGCGAUAGCCAGCUUUACGAAACAGACCACGAACAUGUUCGAGCUUGCGAGGUUCCUACGAAAGCUCUCGGUGACCGCUACUCACGUCACGCCCCCAAAGGUGAAGACUAUCUCCGGACUGGCAAUAGUCCAGGACGGCAUGAACCUACCACAUCCACCACGUGUUCCCAAAUUCGGAGCUUCAGCACAGGAAGUGAUGUUCUGGCUGCCCAGGGAGAGCGCUGGCGUCACAAGUGGCUCACCUUCCGCAGGACGAUAUAUCAGUGUGCACGAUUUCUUCAAGGAGACGUAUAACCGGAUUCUGAAGUACAAGCUGCCAGUUGUCAACGUUGGUACGACCGGGAAUCCUAUCUAUCUUCCUGCCGAAGUGUGCGAGAUCAUUCCCGGGCAGCCGUUCAGAGGUAUCUUGAGUGACAAGCAACUUCAAGAGAUGAACAGCUUCGCCAUUCGCUCGCCCAAAGAAAAUGCUCUUUCCAUCACGACCGGAGGAGCGCAACUUCUUGGAUUUGGCAUCCCUAAUUGCCCGACUCUGCAAGCCUUCAAAAUCCGUGUCACUCCACAUCUUGUCGCGGUUCCCGGUCGCAUUCUGAACGCCCCACCUGUCAAAUAUAGUCAAGGGCGUCAGCAAGUGGCUCGUUACGGGAGCUGGAAUUUAGUGAACGUCCAUUUUGCAAACGCUUCAAGGCUCCCGACGUGGACAUAUUGUUGGAUCAAGUGGAGAUCCUCCAACGGUGGCUAUUGGAGAGAUACGCAACAACUUCAAACUACCCUGACUGCCUUUACAACAGCGCUCCGGAGUGUAGGCAUCCAGUGCACAGAGCCUGUCGAUGGCCAAGUUGCUGAAGUCGACUCGAAUAACCUGGACGCCAUCGACACGACUUUGGCCAGAUUCACCAGACCCAGCACUCGUGGCAUACCAGGCCUGGUGCUUGUCAUUCUCCCCUCCAAGCAUACAGAGAUCUACAACAGGGUCAAAUAUGCAUGUGACAUCAAGGAAGGUCUGGUCAAUGUCUGCAUUGUAGCAGAACAGUUGGCUAAGAAGAGCCGUCAAACUCUUGCCAACGUGGCUCUCAAGGUCAACCUCAAGUUGGGCGGCCGAAAUCACGAAUUGGACUCGUCAAAGCUUGGUGUCUUGUCUGAAGGCAAGACCAUGGUCGUCGGCCUCGACGUUACACAUCCAUCGCCAGGUUCAGCACCCGACGCCCCCAGCGUGGUAGGCAUUGUGGCAUCGGUCGACGAGCUUCUUGGCCAGUGGCCGGCACAACUUGCUGUUCAGCAGGGGCGAAAAGAGAUGGUCUCGGAACUCAAAGGCUUGAUGAAGUCACGACUGUGUCUUUGGAGAGACCAUAACAAAGGAGAGUUGCCAAGCCAGAUACUUCUUUACCGCGACGGUGUUUCUGAAGGACAAUAUCACCAGGUCUUGGAAUUAGAACUUCCGCAGAUUCGGGCCGCAUGCAGCGAGAUAUAUCCUGCAAAUCAGUUCGAGCGGGGCACACCGCGUAUCACAAUCAUUGUUGUGGGGAAAAGACAUCAUACUCGCUUCUAUCCGACCACAGAGAGUCAAUGCGAUCGGACAGGAAACCCACAGAACGGCACAGUAGUCGACCGAGGGGUCACGGAGGCACGCAACUGGGACUUUUUCAUGCAAGCCCACACUGCCAUCAAAGGCACCGCCAGGCCCGCGCACUACUUUGUGGCCUAUGACGAGAUCUUCCAAGACCGCGCUGUUCAGAAGCCUUUGAAAAAUGCGGCCGACUGUGUUGAGGAUUUGACGCACAACAUGUGCUAUCUCUUCGGCAGGGCUACCAAAGCGGUGAGUAUCUGCCCACCGGCUUACUACUCAGAUCUCGUUUGCGACCGCGCGAGAAAGUAUCUCUACGACUACUAUGUGCCCUCAGCCAGGAGUACAAAUGCAAAUGCCGCUGCCGCUGCCGGAGCUGGAGCUGGUGGAUCGAGACUGUCAAUGCAAGACAGAGUGUCAAUCCACGAAAGAGUCGAAAACACGAUGUUUUACAUCUAA